AUGCAUGGUCGCCACGGCCCUCCGGUGGAAGAGGUGGUUGACGAUAUUGAUUUUCCGCUAGAUGGGUUUCUCUCCUGGCCACGAGGGAUGGAACGCUCGCUUUCGAACUUGACAAGAGAGUGUUGGAGUGACUGUCCCCCAAUCGAUAUCAACGAGCUACCCUUGGACCUGAAGCACCUCCUCCUGCGGUUCAUGUUGGUAUCGGAAGAGCCCAUCACCAACCCGUUCUUGCAAGACACCGACACCUCUUACGGCCGGAUCAAGUAUGGGUGGUCUAAGUACAUGCGACCGAACAUCCUCGCGACGAACAAAGAGUUCUAUGAGAUCGGGAUGAAGAUGCUCUAUGGCUACAACACCUUCAGGUUCACCAGACUGGUUGCUCAGGCCCCUCCGGAAUACUGGCGUGGCGGGAUGGAAAGCGUAGGCAGAUUCCUGGAGCGCGAGCACCGAUUGAUGCUCGACCCGGGCAAGAAAACCAUUCGGCGCUCGCAAUUGAUCAAAAAUUUCAUCAUCAGCGACUCGGAUCUCGAGCGCGACGAGCACGCCAAGCGGGGCAUCGCGCGCAAGCCCCGGGCCGACCCAGCCGGGGACCAGACGCGCUACAUGCUGUGGUAUCUCUGGAAGCUAGUGCGGUACGGGUGCGACCUGCACAACCUCACCAUCACGGCGGACGCGGACAGUCCGGCCACCCUCGCCACUCUCGAGCACGAGGCCGGCCGGGUGGGAUACCAUCAGCUGAGCGGCGACGGGCAGUCCCGGUGGGUCAAGUCGGAAGCGGCGCGCGCGCGCAACCACGCGCACUGGACCGCGUUCCGCAAGCACUGGACGGACGAAGGGUUGCGCGUCGCCCACGUCCAUGUGCGCGGGGCGGAUGCCUUCGCGGGCGGCCGGAUGGCGUUCGCGCCCGAGAUGCGCGAGGCGGCCACGGGCAUCUGGAGUGCUAAGCCCUUGCCUACGAGUAGCGUUGCGAUGGCCGUCACCGGCUUCUUUGAGCAUAUGUUUACGGCUGGGUUUGUGCUGAAUCGGCCGAUCAUCUCGUUCUCGGGUAGGUUCACACAGCGGUGGCCAGGAGACGAAGCCGAAGACGAAGCCGAAGACGAAGACGGGAUUUGGUCGGAAACUGAUGGCGGACCUGGUGCGAGCGCUGGUUGA